CCUAAACUAAAACACUUGUCAACAGAAAUGUAAAACCCUAGAACACAAAAAAAACUCAGCACGCUUUACCGUUGUUGUCUUGUAUCAGAAACAAAUCGGAGCCGCACUGAUACCAACCAACUUGCCGGAGCUCGCCGCCAAAGUUUCUCAUCGUUCACCAGAAACAGUGACAACGCCGUCCAGCUAUUGAAAAAAAAUGGCAGUUCCAAGUUCCGUUUUGAAGGUAGAAGAAAUUCAAGGAAGAGGAAGAGGAAUAGUUGCAUCUCAGCCUCUCAAAGCUGGCCAAAUCAUCCUCACAGAUUCUCCAAUCCUUCUCUACCCUACUUCCCCCUUCUCUCAACACUCUUCCUCUUUUUGUGACCAUUGCUUCAAAUAUUGUUCAUCAUCUUCACCUGCUUCAUGCCCUUCUUGUCACCGAUAUCGCUUUUGCGAUUCGACUUGUCUCUCAAAAGCUCUGAAUUCCUCCCAUUCUACCUUUGUUUGUCAAUCAUUAUCUAAAUUACAAUCCAAUUCACUUCUCCUUCAACAAGCAGUCGAAUGUCAACUCCAAGCUCGUUUUCUUGUUGCUGCUUACAAUCUUGCUGUUAACCACCCUUCCAAUUUUCAGAUUUUGUUGUCUCUUCAGGGUUCUUUUGAUAAUGAUGGUGCAGCUCAGUUUCUACAUCCCAUUAUUUCAUCCCUGUUUUCGCAUCCGCAUAAUGAAUUGUUUUCUUUGCAACUCACUUCUUCACUUCUUGCUAAGGAUAAGCUCAAUGCUUUUGGUAUAAUGCAUCCUUUCUCUGAAAAUGAUGAACAUAGGUCUGUUAGAGCUUAUGGUAUUUACCCCUAUGCAUCCUUUUUCAACCAUGAUUGUCUUCCCAAUGCUUGUAGAUUUGAUUAUGUUGAUGUGAAUCCACCUUAUCAUGCCGAUGGUCUUAAUAAUACAGAUUUUGUUAUUAGGAUGAUUCAUGAUGUUCCACAAGGUAGAGAGAUUUGUUUGAGUUAUUUCCCUGUUAAUGAAAACUAUUCUAGUAGGCAGAAAAGAUUGUUGGAAGACUAUGGUUUUGCGUGUAAUUGUGAUCGAUGUAAUGUCGAAUCGAAUUGGUCAGAUAAUGAGAGUGUUGAAGAAAAUGCAGAGGAGGAUAAACAAGAGGUUAUGGUUAUGGAUGAUGAUGAGGAGGGUGAGCAAUAUGAAAAUAUGGAACCAUCAGAUACUGAUAAUAACGAUUUCCCACAUGCUUAUUUCUUUUUAAAAUACAUGUGUGAUAGAGCAAAUUGCUGGGGAACUUUAGCUCCUCUACCACCUAAGGGUGAUACAUUAUCUAAUGUCAUGGAAUGUAAUGUCUGUGGUAAAUUGAAGAGUGAUGAUGACGACAUCAAUGUUGAUGAUAAAGGGCAAGAUGGAGAAGUUCCCAUGGAGGACUAAGCAUUCAGGAUGACACUUUUGAUUGAUGUAUUGCAUGCAGAUGGAGGGAAUUCUUCCUGGAUUUUCUGCAUAUUGCACUCUUUACAAGCCAAGACAAAGCUUAAAGCUCAAGAAUCAAAUGAAACUUUACUUAUGUUUUAGUGAGUGUAAUAUUAUGUUUUAUGCUCAGGUUUGAUGCUUUUUUUUUUCUUCGAAAUUCUGCUUUGAAUUUUGCGGGAAAAACAUCAGGAUCUCAGUUUUUGAAAUGCAUUAUACUUUUAUUUUAGAUAAUAGCAACAAUAUUAUCUUGCUUGAUGACAAUAUUUUGUAGUAUUUACUUUUUGAUAUUAUUUUGUAAUUUAAACAAAUUAAGUUAAUUUGUCAAAGCUCAAUGGUUUAAUCUAAUCUUUUAUUUGGUGUA